GAUCAUCCAAGAUAUCUACCUACUCAAAGCAUUUCUACGAUCUAACACCCUUGCAAUCUCAAUCAAACUAAUGAAUACUUUUUUUCUCUUAUUACCUUCAUUUUGGUCUGUAGUAUGCUUUCACAUGCUUGUUUUCUCUAUUAUCAACUCACACUUGUGUGCCCCAAUCAUAGCUGCCUCUAUUUUAGGAAACCAGACCGAUCAGUUGGUGUUGCUCAAAUUCAAGGAAUCAAUAAAUGACCCGGAUAAAAGCUUGGUCUCUUGGAAUAGUUCCAACCAUUUUUGCAAGUGGCGUGGAGUUACAUGCAAUCACAUGCAUCAAAGAGUCAUCGAGUUGAACCUCGAAGGAAACAACUUGCAUGGAAUCAUAUCUCCUCAUGUAGGCAAUCUCUCUUUUCUAACAAGUCUUAACCUUGGAAAUAACAGCUUUUUUGGAAAAAUUCCACAAGAAUUGGGUCAGUUAUUGCAUUUACAAUACUUAUCUCUCACCAAUAACUCGUUAGAAGGAGAAAUUCCUACAAACUUGACAAGUUGUUCUAAGAUCAAAGAGUUGCACUUAUUUCAUAACAAUUUGAUUGGCAAAAUACCAAUUGAAAUUGGCUUUCUUAAAAAGCUUCAAAAGAUGAGCCUUACAGAAAACAAUUUAGCAGGGACAAUCCCAUCUUCUAUAGGCAAUCUUUCAUCCCUUACUUCUCUUGCAAUGGGUCUUAAUUACUUCGAGGGAAACAUUCCAAAAGAAAUUUGUAACCUCAAAAACUUGGCAAUGAUAUCAGUUCAUGUCAAUAUAUUGAUAGGUACAUUUCCUUCUUGUCUUUACAAUAUGUCAUCUCUUAGAAUAAUCUCAGCAGCAGGUAAUCAAUUUAAUGACUCUCUUCCUCCAAACAUGUUUCACACCCUCCCUAAUCUCCAAGAAUUCCUAGUUGCUAGCAAUGAUAUCUCAGGUUCAAUCCCAAUUUCCAUUACAAAUGCAUCUGUCCUCCAAACACUUGACGUUGCUAAAAAUCAUUUGGUGGGCCAUGUGUCAAGUCUAGGAAAGCUACAAGACCUUUGGUUCCUAAAUUUUAAAAGCAAUAACUUAGGUGACAAUUCAACAAAGGACUUAGAGUUUUUCAUAUCAUUGGCAAAUUGUAGUAAGUUGCAAGUAAUUUCUAUUUCCUAUAAUAAUUUUGGAGGUAGUUUGCCAAAUUCUAUUGGAAAUUUAUCCACUCAACUCAACCAACUAUAUCUUGGAGGUAAUCAAAUAUCAGGAAAAAUUGUUACAGAAUUGGGAAAUCUAGUUAGCUUAACUAUUUUGACCAUGGAAGAUAACCACUUUGGAGGAAUUAUUCCAUCUACUUUUGGGAAGUUACAAAAGUUACAAAAGUUACAAAAGUUGGAACUGAGUAAAAACAAAUUGUCCGGAGAUAUUCCAAAUUUUUUAGGCAACCUUACUCAAUUAUAUUAUUUGGGCAUGGCAGAAAAUAUGUUAGAAGGAAAGAUUCCUCCAAAUAUAGGAAACUGUCAAAAGUUACAAUAUCUUGACCUUGGGGAAAACAACCUUAGAGGAAGUAUACCUUUAGAGGUUUUUAGCCUUUUCUCUUUAACAAACUUAUUGGACUUGUCACAUAAUUCAUUGAGUGGCAGUCUACCUGUUGAAGUGGGUCGGUUAACAAAUAUUGAAAAAAUAUAUGUAUUUGAAAAUCAUUUGUCUGGUGGCAUUCCUGAAAGCAUUGGAGAAUGCAUAAGCUUGGAGUACCUUUUACUGCAAGAGAAUUCCUUUCAUGGAAUCAUUCCCACCUCUUUGACUUCACUCAAAGGUCUACAAAUAUUAGACAUGUCAGGAAAUCAGUUGAUUGGAUCAAUUCCAAAGGAUCUUCAAAAUAUUCCUUUCUUGGAAUACUUCAAUGUAUCUUUUAACAUGUUAGAGGGUGAAGUACCAACAGGAGGUGUCUUUCGAAAUGUUAGUCAAUUAAUCCUGGUUGGAAACAAUAAGCUUUGUGGGGGUGUUUCAGAGCUGCAUCUACCACCAUGCAUUAUGAAAGGUGAGAAACUUGCCAAGCACCUGAAUUUCAUGUUCAUAGCAAUGAUGAUAGUUAGUGUGGUUGCUUUUCUUCUCAUUCUGCCAUUUAUUCUUUCUAUCUACUUGAUGAGGCAGAGAAAUAAGAAAAAAUCACCAUCACAUUUGCCAAUAAUUGACCAAUUGGGUAAGGUUUCAUACCAAAACCUACACCAUGGAACUAGUGGGUUCUCAAUUAAAAACUUGAUAGGAUCUGGAAAUUUUGGCUCUGUAUACAAAGGGACUAUUGAGAUAGAAGGAAACAAUGUUGUUGCCAUAAAGGUCCUAAACCUUCAAAAGAAAGGAGCCCAAAAGAGUUUCAUUGCGGAAUGUAAUGCAUUAAAAAAUAUUAGGCACAGAAACUUGGUUAGGAUUUUAACAUGUUGUUCUAGCAUAGAUCACAAGGGCCAAGAAUUCAAAGCUCUAGUUUUUGAAUACAUGACAAAUGGAAGCUUAGAAAGAUGGUUGCAUCCACCGACAAAAAUGGCAAAUCAACCUGUUGGGUCAUUGAACUUUGAUCAAAGAUUAAAUAUUAUCAUUGAUGUUGCUUCUGCAUUUCAUUAUCUUCACUAUGAAUGUGAGCAUGUUAUCAUUCAUUGUGAUUUGAAGCCAAGCAAUGUUCUUCUUGAUGACUACAUGGUAGCUCAUGUGACUGACUUUGGUUUAUCUAGAAUACUCUCAUCUAUUUCAAUUCCUCCAAAACAAACUAGCACUAUUGAAAUAAAAGGGACAAUUGGUUAUACUCCUCCAGAAUAUGGAAUGGGAUUAGAGGUGUCUAUAGAAGGCGACGUGUACAGCUUUGGAAUUCUUGUUUUGGAAAUGCUAACUGGAAUAAGUCCCACAGAUGAAAUGUUUGAAGAUGGUCUUAAUCUCCAUAACUACGUCAAAAUUUCAAUUCCAAAUAACCUUUCCCAAAUUGUGGACUUGACUAUUCUUCCUAGGGAAUUAAAUCAGGUUGCUAAUUACCAAAACCUGACCUCGAUGCAUCCUAACAUAGAGAAAUGUUUACUUUCCCUUUUCAGGAUUGCACUUGCUUGUUCAAUGGAGUCACCAAAAGAAAGAAUGAAUAUGGUUGAUGUCACUAGAGAGCUUAAUAUGAUCAAAAACUCAUUUUUUUUCAUGAAUGGUGAAUAGAGGUUGGCUACAUGACAACCACAAAAUACAAAAUGUAAAUGCAUAAUUAUACACUACCAUAUUGUUACCAACUAAUGCGGGAAGAUGUUUUCUAUCUUUUCCUUUUUCUGCCAUGUCAUUUUUUUAAUGUUUCUGUGUAUAGUUUUUUUUUUAAUGCAUGUGAGCAUGGAGAGAAUGAUACAAUGAAUACAAAAUACAAAAUGGAAAUAAUAGUAAUGAGUCUAAUGA